CCAUACUCUUAAAACAGAAGUUAUGAAUUAAUUCAGGUGUGAUUUUCUAAUUUGGACUAAUCUUUAGAAAGUUGUUUAAAUUAAUAAUUGUAUAAUAUUUGAAUUAUUCUAAAACAAACAAAUCAAAUAGAUAUUUAUAAAAUUAUUGUAUUUAAAAUGCUAUAUUAAAAAAAUUAAUAAUAUGGGAAAUAUUACAAUUAAUCAUGUAAAACAAAUAAUUAUGUAUGUAAAUAUGAAAAUAACCACUCGCACGAUUGUGUGGAUCAAGAAAAUCGCACAUUCUCUCAUAUUUGCUUUAUUUUGGUAACUUUUCUGUAGAUGAAAUUCUUCUUCUCAGAUUUUUUCUUGAAUUUAUUUCUUCUCAUGAGAAGAACAAUCAAAUGUGGUAAAAAAAAAAAGCAACGAUGAAGGCGUAGACGAUGAGAACACACACCAACUUGUAUGAAUCAAGGGUAAAACCAGUGGAAAUUAAGCACAAUUGAUAGAUACUACAUUAUGUCAAAAUCAGUGUUCUGCACUUAAUUUUUUUUCCAAAUUUGGUCAUUUCACAAAUUCACCCUUGGUUUAACACAAUUACGUGCGGCAAACAGAAAUAUCCAUCAUUUUACAUGUUAGGCAACGAGGACUUGGAAAUAGACAUGGGCGUUCAAAAAGGCCCAUCGGAUUUUCGAAUUUUCAUACUAUUUUCAUAAAUCUAAUUUGGUUUUUACUAAUUAUCGGAUCAAGUUUGGUUCGGUUCUUUCCAGAUUCAGCUUGGAUCGGAUUAUAACCAAUUCUGAUAUCGCCCAAAAAUAUUAUUUUAAACAAAAAAAAGACAAACAUAUUCAAAAUAUAUAAAUUAUUCAAAAAUAUAAUUAAAAACUAGUUAAAUUAUCUAAACUAACUAAAAAGUAUUCAAAAUAACCAAUAAAUAAACUACAAAAAUCUUUAAAGAAUACUCUAAGAUAUUAUUUUGAUCAAAUACUCUAAAAUAUCUUAAUAUAUAUAUAAAAGCAUUAAUAUAUUUAAGUAAUUUCAGAUAUGUUCGGAUUCUAGUAUGGAUUUCAGUUUUGUUCGGGUUUUACCCGAACCCAAAAGUACUAGGCUUUGAAGUCUCGUUCGGAUAUUUUUAGAUAAGCGGUUUUGGUUUUUUCAGUUCUGGUUAAAACCGGAACUUCGGUUUGGGGUAAAAAAAUGCACAUGCCUACUUGGAAAUAAAGCUUAGACGACACCAAAACAUUCUCUCACUUUUUUGAAACACAAGAAAUGCUCUCACUAAAUUAUGCUUUCUAAGAUUUCUGAUUGGUAGUUCCAAAAAAAGAUUUCUGAUUGGUUGUUGAAUAAUUUCAUGUAGAAAUGAUUUUCUAUAUCAAAGGAAUGUAGGAACCAAACCACAACAUAGAAAUGAUCUUGUACAUUGUAUUACGUCAUGGGAUAGGUCUAAAUUGAGGUAAGAGUGACUACUGUAUUCAGCAUGACAUCUGUGAACCUUCCAUGUUCAUAACACAUAAAAUCACAGUCAACUGCAGUCAACUUUCCAUGUUCAUAAACACAUAAAAUCACAGUCAAAGAGUUUGUGUUAAAAAAUACACUGGUAAAGAUAUAUUUCUGAAAUUGGAUCAUUUGAGAAUUCUAUAAAUAUCCUUUUUAGCUGUCACCCAAAUUGUUCAUAUUUACCAACUAAAAUCACUAUUUGUAUUAGAAAGCAGCAAACAAAUAUGGCUAAGACAACUUCUACAUUGGUUCUUCCCAUCAUCUUCCUUAUUAUGUUUGCCUUGGUUGAGCAGAAUGUUGGAUGCACAGCAAGUAUGGGACCAUGUGAAAUAGGUAAAAGCUGUACUACCAAAUGCAAGGUUACGUUUGGACAAAUGGCUAAUGGCUACUGUGACCGCAGCACUGGUGGACUUGGAGAGUGUGUUUGUGUCUAUCCUUGUCCACCUCCUAAGACCCAUUUGUGAUUUGUACUUAGAAAUAUUUCACUUCUUCAAAACGUAUAAGCUGGAAUAUAAAAGUUUUAAGCUCAAGGUUAUUUGUCGAAAUAUUACUGAUAGACUUCGGAUAUCAUGAUUCAUAACUAUAGGAUCACCAUUUUCAUUCAAGUAUUACAAUUUUAAUUAUUACCUUUUCUAAA